GGUGAAGGCCGUCGAGUACCGUGUUUUGAGUUUGAAUUCGACUCUGUCGCGGAUUCGUAGUAGUUCAAUUGCAUCCAUCAGAGUAUUUAAAAAUCGUGUAAAACGUAUGAAUCCUAGUGGACAUAUAGUUGUCAUCCGUAGGGAUGGUACUGAUGGUUUAACUUGCGAUUGGUGUUCGCCCUUGUGUGAUAUUGGGAGGUAAAUAAUAUAUUCACUUGCAACCUCUUUUCGCAGUAACCAGUCUUGUGACAUUCGUGUGCAACACUCAACAGUCGCUCCAUUUCAUUGUACCCUGCAACUACUGAAAGAUGGAUUAGUUCAAGCCGUCAGCAGAGUAGAUGGACGAUACAAAAUGUUAGUUAAUAAUUUCCCGUUGAACGAUGCUUGCGUUUUGACUGAUAAUUGCAUACUAACUGUUGGGGAUCGUCAGUUUCGCUUUUUCUAUCCAUCAAGUCGAAAGACAACAACAGAUAAUUAUUUAUACGAAACGUCCAGUAAAACACCAAAACACUAUAACAAAGAAGAGGUUAUAACUCCAACUUCUCUACCUGUUGUUCAUCCAUCCAAACGUACCACUCCUAGAAAGAUAUUAGUUAAUCCUAAAACUCGCUCCCCUCGACAGAGGUCUGUGACUCCGAAAAGAACCCUAGGGACCAACGAACGUUAUGGUCCAGUUCCUCCUCGUCAACCAGCUACCCCACCAAUAAUCCAAGUACUCCGACACGAACCGAAUUCAUCACAGUCAAAGCAGCUACCUGUAUUGCAAGCAGAAAAUGUCGAGUUUAAUAAAAAACGUGUAGGUGAUGGUAAGGGUUAUAGCUGUACAGAUGUGAGUGUUUCUAAAUCAAAUCAAACAAAGUCGUCUGUCGUUCCUGACUUGCCAGAUCCAACAUUCCAUCCCUCGAGCAGUGUUUUGUCAUCUAUCAAAGUGAGGUCACAAAACCGUAUUCACACUCCGAUUAUUACAUCUACUUUAUCUAAUGAUCACUUCAACUUCACACCAAACGAAAAUAAACGUUCACCCGGUUUUAGAAAGAGUUUCCAUAAGCUUCUCAUCUUAAAUGAAUCAUCUAACCAAUCCAACCUUUGCAAAAUUAAUCAGUUUUAUGAUGAAUUAAGUUAUGUAAAGCAGCAGGUGAUUGAAAGCAAGAGAUCACCAUCUAAUGAACAAGAAAACCAAUCUUGUUACGAUAAAUGCCUUGAUCAUCCCACAGAAGGUUCCCGUGAAUAUAUUCCAGAGUUGCCCACAUCACCGAAUUCCCUGAGGAUUGCGAGGAAAUUGUCUGCAAAGUCAUCGCAGAAAAUUAGCAUAGCAUAUUCACCAGAAACAGAACAAGAAUUGAUUAGCCGUAAUAGAAAACGUACCAUAUCCGGUAAAACUUAUCCAGUUGCAGAGGACAUGCUUGCUCCUAAACGUCGGAGGGGGGUUUCAUUCGGCCCACCCUUAAGCCCUGAACGAUUUGAUAAAUCUCUUCCCCCGUCUACUCCGGUUAAGCGAGGUGGAACUCCACUAGUCAAACUAAGUCACAGUACCCCAGCAAACCAUAGUUUACAAGUCACUUCAGUUGUUGGGCACUCAGCUACACCAUUUGAUUCCAAAUUGUCAGAAGUAUCGCAUUUAUCAGGUUUCUCAAAAACAUGUGAAUCUCCAAAUUACAGUGUAACACAUAAUCGAGUUUCUGCAGUCAUCUCUCUCCCUCCAACACCAGACACUAAUCUUCUAAAUUCCUUGAGUACUGAUAUUAGUUGUGCUCAUGAAAGUUUCUCUAAUUUCCCAGUAACUUCCGCGGCUUACUCUGCUCCAAUAAAAAAAUCCUCUGUCAGCCGAAAAAAUUUCAAAAGACAUUCACUUGGGUUCCUAGAGAAAACAAGUAAAACACCGUCACCGAGAGUCCCACCAACUAGUCCUGUAUCAACCAAACAAAAUAAAAAAAACAAAUCAACAAACAAACAUAAUGCUAAAAUUCAGGAAAAAAAGUCAAAAAGCUUCCAUACCUACGGUGCAAAAACUUAUAAUAAUAACAACUACAACAAACUAUACUCCAGUGUUCCUCAUAGCCUGCUAAAUAUUACACAGGAAGACAAACACAAUAAAAGCACAUCUCCAGUGCCAUCGACCAACUUGACAGAGGACGAAGCAGUUACACCUGAGAAGAGUUUGUUGUCUCCACGAAAGGAAUCUGGUUUGACUGGUGUUAGGAAGUUGAUGAGAACUCCGAAGCCUGUGCAAACACCUCGUAUAUCUGGUGUUAGUGAACUGUUUGUCGAUGAACCUAGUGUGAAGAGACGUCGUAGUCGACCCUCAUCAGUGCCACCGACCAACUUGACAGAGGAGGAAGCAGUUACACCUGAGAAGAGUUUGUUGUCUCCACGAAAGGAAUCUGGUUUGACUGGUGUUAGGAAGUUGAUGAGAACUCCGAAGCCUGUGCAAACACCUCGUAUAUCUGGUGUUAGUGAACUGUUGUCGAUGAACCUAGUGUGA